GAAUUGUGAAUCUAAAGCAUGCGUCCACUUUGAGUCAUAUUGCACUGCUGCAUUCAUCCCCCUCACACCCCCCCCGCAAAGAGGGAAGUGCAGUUGCAGCUGGGCACUGCUGUUGUGGGUUUCACGUGGUUGCGUUGCAGUGGGGAGCAGUCAAAGAUGAGGAAAAAGAAGUCCUUGAUCCUAAUGCUGUAUUUGUAUAUGCACACUCUGUCAUUUCACAACACAACCACGUGGUAUGGUAUACUUUGUUUUUUUUUCUUUGCAGAACAUCUGUUGUUGCAGGAGUAAGAGUGAUGCGAGUGUAUUUAGGGUGCCACAUCUGUGAAUGCAACGCUUAAUUCCCACCAUGCAUCGGGAUUUUGUAUGACACGUUCAAAGAACAUGUGUAUAUAUAUUACUUGAUGUAAAUAUAUUACUUGAGCGAUUUGUAUACAUAAAAUCAAGCGUCGCUCAAGUAAUAACACCAUCCAGCAAGUUUAUUUUUUGUGGGAUCAUCUAAUGUAUAUUUGUUGUAUACCUGAUGACAUUUCCAUGUCACAGCUGGGGGCACUGAUGGGUUGUACACAGUGCAGCACAGAGCGCUUAAUGCUGACAAACAACAGUGGUAUUUCUGUUAAAACUCACCAUUGAUAAAGAUAACUCUACGCAUGCGCAGAGAGGAGACGGCUAGACGUCUGUUGUCCGGCCCUCUUUCGCCCUCGUUGUUGCCAUGGUAUCACCCAAACAGUCACCCGCACACAGUCCUCCGUGAGGAGCGGAAGCAUUUGCCAAUAAUUUUUUUUUAUUUAAAACAUAAUUUCACCAGCUAUGUCCCGCUGGUGUGAUACAGUUAUGUGGUUGGUGCAGUAACUGGUCAGCAAGAGCCGCCAUCUUCAGCUUUUUAAAACCCCCUCAAUUAAAAUCGACUGACCCGUCUGCUCACUCCGAGCUGAUAAUGACUGUGCUAUAAUCGCCGUAACGCACCGGAACCAGACUGGGACGACGCAUCGCUCCGCUUUGCUCACCACGCUCAGUCCUAACAUCUCUGCCAGCUCCAUUUUUACAGUUAUUACAAAGCACAGCUGACCGAGCUGACAACUGACGAAAUGAAUGCACACCUGAGAGAUUCUGGUGAAAAUGUGGACUUGUCUGAACCCGACAUGAAGACUAAAGAUGCUGCUGACAUUUCCAGACAUGCAACCCUGUCAGACUUUGACCUGGAUGAACUUGAAGACAGCAGGACAGAAAUAAAUUUGGUUACAAAGAAGCAGACGAUGUGGGCUGUGAAUUGCUUCACUGGCUGGCUGGAGUCCCAGGGGCUGCAGGUGGAGCUGACAACAGUGGAGAAGACGGAGUUGAACGGGCUGCUGAGACAUUUUUAUGGAUCUGUCCGGAAUGGCAAAGGAGAGCUGUAUGGGGUUGCUAGUUACAUUGCGCUGAGGGCAGGACUGAAUCGGUACUUGAAGGAGCCACCUGUCAGCCGGCCUGUGUGCUUAAUGAGAGAUGCUGAGUUCACCUCAGCCAACAAGGUGUUCUUGGGAUUGCUCAAGAGAAUAAGGAAGUCCGGUCGAGACUUGACUUCACACCACCAGGCACUGUCCCCUCAUGAUAUUCACCUCCUCAGACACUCGCGUGUGAUGGACACCUGCACUCCAAAGGGACUUCUGAACAAAGUCUGGUUCGAUAUCCAGGUACAUUUUGGGCGCAGAGGGAAACAAGCCAACAGGAACCUUAAACCGGAUUCAUUUGUGAUCAGAAAAGACGAGAGGGGACUGAGAUACUGUACUUUAUCGUUUGGCGUUGAGGCAAAAAUCCACAGUGAGUCGGACAGAGGCUCAAUGUUUGAGAAGCCAGGAAGUGAAUUCUGUCCCAUUAUUUCUCUUUUAAAAUACCUCAGCAAGCUCCCAUCCAAGGCAACUGCACUUUACCUGCAGCCGAAGAAGGAGCUAACAGAUGGAAUGUGGUACAGUCACAUCCCCCUGGGAGUCAAUUACCUGGGUUCAAUGCUGUCCCGCAUGUGUAAAGAAGCCCACACAUCAGUCAUCUACACCAAUCACUGCAUCAGAAGUACACCCUUUCACCAACUGUGUGACGAGGGACUGGAGAGGAGAGAAAUUGUUCCUGUUAGUGUGCACAGGUCUGGAAGCUCCCUCCAGAGUCGGCACACACCAUCCAUCUGGAGGCUUAAGCAGCGGGGCGAUAUUUUGCCGCAAAGUGAUUCAGCUGGCCCAGCAGGUUUGGAUUUAAACCAUGAUGAACUAUUCGAGGACGUUUCAUUUCUUCAGGCUACUUCAAACCAGAACUAUGUCCCAGACGCUGUGCUGCCACCUGGCGAGCCUUGGCUCCACGGCGGCCCCUCCCGAGCACAGCUGUCCAUCCCUUCCUGCCUGUGCCUGUGCAGCGAUGACGGGUCUGAGAUGUCUGUUCCUGGAUCUUCUGGCGAGGGGCAGAUGGGAGAGAUGAAGGUGUACGCCAAGUGUCACCUUCAGCAGGGAGUCAUGUUUGGGCCAUAUCUAGGGGAGGUGUGCAGAGGACAAAUGCCGACUAACCUCAAAUACGCCUGGGCUAUCAGGGAUGAUGCUGCUUUUGUCUACGUUGAUGCCUCUGAUGAAAACAGAUCUAACUGGAUGCGGUAUGUAACGUAUACCAGCAGUGAGGAGGAACACAACCUGGUUGUCUUCCAGUUUUACCGUCGCAUCUACUACAGGGUUUCCCAGCCCAUCACAGAGGGAACCGAGCUCAGGGUCUGGAUUGGCAAGGAUUAUGCCACCUUACUGGGCCUGGGGAUGGGUGACAAUGUGAAAUGUGAAGUUGGAGACAAGGAGACAGUUCUACGCCUCCUGCAGGACAUCCAGCUGGUCACUCUACCAGAGCCAAGCAGCUCUUCUCUUUGGUCAGAUCACAGCCAGUCACAGAGCCCCAUGCCUAUGAUCAGUGAUGUGACGACAAUGUCAAACCCAGACACAGCGAGUGAUUCAGGCAUGAUUUCCUCCCUGAUCUCCUUCCCGUCCCCUAUCUCUCAAGCAUAUGAUUUUAUGCCUGGAACUGAGAAACUACUGAGUAACCCAACCGCCCCACAGAACAGCCCGUGGUACUUUUUUGGGUUUGAGCCCGACCCAACAGGUCGGCCUUUGGACCGGAGCACUGUGGUGUGUAAGGUGUGCUUAGAACAUGUGAGCUGUGGAGGAGGAGCAACAGAUCUUCAAAACCAUUUGAGCAACAAGCACCACAUCAGACCCCAUCAGAGCAGCUACAAGGACCGGAGUCUUCCCCUAACGAUGGGUACGAUAGGUCAACAGCGCUCCCAGUUGGUGAUGGCAAACAGUGGGCUGGUGAGCACAUUUCCAAUUGUAUCGUCACAGACGAUACCGGGGGUUGUGACCAAUGCCAUCGCCAACUUUCUCAUCAUGGAUCUCCAGCCACCAGCUUUGGUAGAAGGGGAAGGCUUCAAAAAGCUGAUCCAUGCCCUCCUGCCUUCCUAUAAGGAGCUGCCUUCACCAGGUCAGCUUGAGAAACUCCUGAAAGAACACCAUGCCAAAGGCAAGACAAGCCUGGCACAGCUGCUGAGGAGCAAAAUUGACAUUGGAGAAAAUGAGGAGAUAUCUGACCACACUGCUCCCAUCGAGUUUGAGCCCAGGAGACGAUGGCGAAGUCCUAGCCAUUGUAGGGAAGUUCCCCACUUUGUCACUUUAAGUGUAGAUGUUUGGUUUUACAACUGGCAGGGCAACACUGACAGGUACCUCACCCUCUGGGCACAUUACAUAGACUGUAAUUUUCGCUUUCAGAACCUGGCUCUGGCAACCCAAAGACUGACAGAGAGUGGGGUCAAAGACUACAGCCUUCGAGCAGUGGAGGCCCAAGUGAAGGUGAUGGCCCAGGAGUGGAGAAUCUCACAACCUAAUAUUGUUUUGCUCGGAGGAGAAGGAAUGAACAAGAUGAGGCUGGGCCCGAUGAAAAGCACCAGAGGUGGAGAGGCUCCGGGAAGUGUUCCUCACCCGAACUCAACAACAUUUCUUGAGAGGGAAGACUCCGUGUCACCUGAGGAACCACAUGGCUCGGAGCACGGCCACUCUAGUGAAGGACUACCAUCUGUGCCGUGUUUCUUCAGCGCUGUCCAAGGCUGCAUUGAGGAAGUAAUGUCACAUCCUGUCAUCUCAAAGACCCUCAGCCACUUCCAGGGUAUACUCUCGACCUUGUUCCUGCCACAUGCUAAUAACAAAGGCUUGCAUCAGCACCAAACCCAUACCCAGAAUCUAUUGCAGACUUUGACGAGACAAGAACGGGCAGAGCUAAAGUCAUGGGCUCACAGCCGACCAAUGUGGAAUAAACUGUACUCUCUACUAAGCAUGCUCAUCAAAUAUAAAAGCCUUUUCUGUGACAUGAUAAAAGAGACAAAAGGUGAUGGUUUGUCUAAAGAAGAUACUUCUUCAGAGUCUGGCAGCUGCCAUGCGAACUCCACCUCGAACACAUCCUCAACAAGCAUUACGACUUUGCGGUCAGAUUGGAAGGUUCUGGAGGAACUAUGUCUGGUCCUCAAACCUCUGGACGUGGCAUGUCGAACUCUCGCCAAGGAGGCAUUCCCUCGUCUGUCCCUCGUCAAACCCAUUCUCACCGGCCUGCUCUCUCGCCACCUUGUGUCAAGAUCAGGAGAUUCAUCAUCUAUCCUGAAGGAAGUGAAGAGGAUGAUGAGGAGAAACCUGGCAAGCUGUUAUGACAGCCCUGUUGUCAACAGGGUUCUGUGUGUGGCAUGUUCCCUUGAUCCCCAGUUUCAUGGGAUGGGUUUCAUGGAAGAGAAGGAGCAGACAGCCACUUUUGACUGGCUGAAGAAAGAGGCCGUCAGGAUUGUGAAGGAGGACAGGAAGAGAAGCCAAGCUAAGAAUCAAAGCCAGUGCAAGAGAAGCCCCUCACCUGGUUCACCUGAGUCAGAGAGUGACUUCCUGAGGAGGAGCAAGCGCCUCAAAGAAUCCCGCCCAAUCAACUUCAGAGAGAUUGACGAUUAUGAAGAGAGUGAUGCAGGAGAGGAUGAUGACAGCGAGUGGGCAGAUCCUGGCUCUCAGGCUGGGCUCUCUGGUAUGGAGUUCCUCCUGGGAGACCUGUUCUCCUCUGCACCCCGGAGCAGGCAGAGUUCUGUGGAGGAGUCUAUAGACAUGGAGAUGUCUGUAUUCCGAGCCGACAAGGGGACUUCUCUGGGGGUGGAGCCCCUGCAGUGGUGGAGGACGAAGGCGGUGCAGUUUCCACUGUUGGCCACAGUGGCACGGGCCUACCUGGCCGCCCCGGCAGUGGCAGGAAAUGCUGCACAGGACUUUGUGCAUGAAGGGGCUGGAGCCACAUGCAGAAAGAGAGCCAAUAUUCCUCCAGAAAGUUUGGACUCUAUCUUGUUUCUUCACCACAACCACUUGCCCACCGUUGAGAGUGGGCACACAGCAGGACGAAAUGAUGACCCGAAGAGUGGGAUGGACAAGGUCCCAUGAACACUCAAAAUUAUAUCAAUUUGUUGGCUCUGACUUCAACUGAGCUGCAUUUGUAGCAAUUAACCCUCAACCAAAUUCAAACCUGAUUCAAACCAAAGUCCUGAAACAUAGUUGGUGGAAAGGGAGAAACAUUUUUUUGACAAAGGAAGUCUGGGACUAAGAAAGAGAAAACCAGUUUUGUUCAGUGUAUUGUUCAGACUGUUAUACUUCUGAUUUGCAUUUAACUCAGCUGUGUGUAUUAACCUUGUAGCGCCUUGUGCCUUACUUCUUUUAGAUACAAUCAUACAGUAGAUUGUUAAGCGUUCCUAAUUGUUAUUUUCUACCCUUUCUAACAAAUGUAUGUAACUGUGACUACAAGUGUUCAUGUCUGUGAAAAGAUAUGGUAGAUGAAAGUCCUCCAUGGUAGCAUACUGUGAAACUACCAUGUGCCUUUUGCAUUAAUACGUUUUUGUGUUAUGAAACACUGGUUAAGAGAUUACCUGAUGUUUAUUUUGACAGUAAAUCGAUCACCUGAACCUAAAUUAUGGUUCAGGUGAUCACGUGACAAGUGACACUUUUUUCAGCACUACAUUGUACACUGUUAACGGAAUGGAUGAAGCUUAUUAGCACAAAGUCUGUAUUGUCUUAGACUGUGAUUUCUCAUUCAUGUUUACUGGAAAAUAAAAGUCCACAUGCUGAA